AUGAUUUAGCAGGUAGUUUUUAGGCUACUAUUGAUUUCUAUUAUUUUAAAUAGUGCAUGGUGAACAUGAAAAGCCGUACCCAGUUGCAGACCUUAGUCUAUAAUUCUAGCUCGAGCAAAGGGAUUUUGCUAAGCCUGUGAAACUCUGCACACUGCGAACAAAACGUCCAUUCAGUCAACCAGUACAGUCGCUAGCUGCCAAAUUGUUCAUGUUUGGUUCAGUAGACUAACAAUCAAAAAUGGAUUUUGGAGCACUGGAAACAGUGGUAGCUAAUUCUGCAUAUAUUACAGCAAGGGGUAGUUUUGAUGGAGGAUUCAACCCACAAAUUACAAGGAACAAGAAAUAUCGAGCAAGGCUCAAGCUACCACCCCUCUCGGAGUGUGAACACCUGAAAGAUAAACUUGAUCUGCAGUUUGAGAAUAUUUGUGUCAAGCAACCUAUUGGGAAAAAAUUAUUCCAGGAGUUUUUGGAAUCAGCUGAGUUUACUCAUAUAGUGGAGAUUUGGAAUGACAUUGAAGACUAUGAUGUUGCUGAGGAUGAGGAUCGUUUAUAUAAAGCUAGGGGUAUCAUUAACAAAUAUCUUGAUUCUGACUCAAAGCAAUUUUGUCACUAUUUAGAUGAGAAAGCAAUUAUAAAAGUAGUACAGGACUGUAAUAAAGUCUCCAACAUGCUCUUUAAACAACUGCAUAAAUCAACGUUGGAUUAUUUGAAAGAAAAUGCUUUUGCACAAUACAAGGAAAGUAAAUAUUUUUCUAAGUUUCUGCAAUGGAAAAAGCUUGAAGCACAACCCAUUGGAGAUGACUGGUUUAUGGACUUUAGGAUCCUUGGAAAAGGGGGAUUUGGAGAAGUAUCUGCUACACAAAUGAGGGCAACAGGUAAAAUGUAUGCUUGCAAGAAACUCAGCAAGAAGCGAUUAAAGAAAAGGAAGGGAUUCGAAGGGGCUAUGGUGGAAAAAAGGAUUCUUGCUAAGGUCCAUAGCAGAUUUAUUGUCUCACUGGCAUAUGCAUUCCAGACCAAGAAUGAUGUUUGCUUAGUUAUGACGAUAAUGAAUGGCGGUGACCUACGGUUUCAUAUUUACAACAUGGAUGAGGAAAACCCAGGAAUUGAUGAACACAGAGCUUCCUUUUACACUGCUCAAAUCAUUUCUGGGUUGGAACAUUUGCAUCAAAACAGGAUCAUCUACCGAGACCUCAAACCUGAAAAUGUGCUAUUAGACAAUGAUGGGAAUGUGCGCAUAUCUGACCUUGGACUUGCUGUGGAAUUGAAAGAAAAGAAAUCAAAAGCUAAGGGCUAUGCAGGAACACCAGGAUUUAUGGCACCUGAAUUAUUGCAAGGUGAAGAAUAUGAUUAUGCUGUAGAUUAUUUCUCACUGGGAGUCACAUUGUAUGAAAUGAUUGCAGCACGUGGCCCCUUCCGAUGCAGAGGAGAAAAGGUUGAAAAUAAGGAGUUAAAGAAUAGGAUUCUGAACGACUCAGUGACCUACUCAGGAAAGUUCAGCCUAGACUGCAAGUCCAUCUGUGAAGCCUUACUAGACAAAGAUCCCAAAAAACGGAUGGGGUUUAAAAAUGGAAAUUGCAAUGAAAUACGAGUACACUUAUUUUUUAGAGGAAUAAACUGGAGGAAACUUGAAGCUGGUAUCCUUCCACCACCUUUUGCUCCAGACUCCAGAAUAGUAUAUGCGAAGGAUAUUCAAGACGUUGGAGCAUUUUCAACAGUUAAAGGAGUCACCCUUGAUGAAUCUGACAACAAGCUUUUUGACGAGUUUGCUUCAGGCAACAUUUCUAUACCUUGGCAGGAGGAAAUGGUUGAAACUGGAAUUUUUGAUGAAAUUAAUUCAGAAUUAAAUGAAAAUAAUGUUAGACGGGAAUCUAUUGUAAAUGACAACUCUGCCAAGUCAGGGGUAUGUCGAAUUGCAUAGAGGAUGCAACGGUGUGUUCAGUCCAAGAUGCUCCUAUUGAAUAGUCUUGAGUAUGGUUUGUUGUCUGUAAUACUUUCUCUUGUUAAAAUAUCCCAUCUCCAAAGAUGCUUUACUUGGGCCAAUAGGUUAUAGCAGGUGUUGCUACUCAUUUUACAUCUGUACAUACCUGAACUACAAUGGGAAUGUGGGUCACCAACAUCUUUAUGUCAAAUUGCAAGCAAUGCAUCAUGGACAUUAAAUAUAUAUAUAUAUAUAUCUUAAAAUAGGCAAUCAGUUUUUUAACUUACAAUGAUAAAAUAUGAUCCUCAACAGAGGAAACACAUAAGCCUGCAUAAGCACAAUCCAGUUAACAGAUUUUUAUUAUAGAGACUGUUACUUAGUAAAUAGCUUUGUUUAUAGGUAUUUGGAUAGACUUUAAUAACAUUAGAGGGACAUUGUUACAAUAAAAUCAGAUUAGCUCUCCAUUCUAUAAAUUAUAGUGAUACCGAGAGCUCAGUCAGGUCAUCAGUGGUAAUUAUGAUGUAUUUAUAAAGCAAUAUAAUGAUUGUUAUAUUUUAAUACUAAUUAUAUUCACUUUCUAUUUACCUGGGGCAAAACAGUGCAUGACAUCCACAAUAUAAUUUCUAAGUUUGUUUUUAGGUUUGUUUUCACUUAUUAUACUUUGAAAAUACAUGUUCCACAGCAGCAACAACGCUGCAGUCUACUUAAAGCCACUUGGCAGAACCCCAAAUGACACUGUAAAGGAAAUUGGGCUGAUUGCCAGCUGUUUGCAAAUAUACAGGAAGCUGGACUGUUUUACCAUACACAACACUUAGUGCACAACCUCAGUAGGGAGUUUCCAGAUAGGCAUCUCAAAAAGCAACAUCUUAGAUCACCCGCAUCCCUUUCUACAGACAGUUUCCUGAGAAUAAACCAAAAGCAGGCUUUCAAAUUUAUAGUUUUAGGUUAGUAGCUGAGCUUGCAUACCAUAGCUAAGCUUACAUACCUAGUACUCCACAAAUGAAUAAGAGCACAGCCACAGUACUCAAACCUGGAAACGAAGGUUUUUAUUAACACACUGCCUUGUUUAUAUCAACUAUAAAACUUUAAAACAGUAAAUGAGAAGUGUGUAAAGAGAAACACCAGUUGAUCUGAUUGGCAUGAAUGAAAUUAUGUUUAGGUAAUGUAUUUAGAAUCAUGUGGUUUGCCUAACUCUCUUUCUCCAUUUUAAUAUUCCCUAACACAAAGCAUAUUUCUCUGUGUAUAUUGUAGGAUGUAGGGUAUAUGCAAUACCUUAUCAAGGUAGGACAGGAUUUUCUCCAGAGUUCUUAUUUCUUGUAGAAAAAGUAAAAAAAUAUGUAUUAAAAAUAGUGAAGAUGGUGCAGGUUGCUUUUUUUAUUGAUGUACAAUCUGCUAUAAAUGUUUAAAUGUUUAUACAGUCCUUACGUGCUGCCAGUUAGAUAUGGAGUAGAUAUUAUUGUAAAUUAUCAUGAGAUGAAUGUGUUGUAUUAUUAUAUAAGAAAACUAAUUUCCCCACUGCUCAUUACUGUCUACAAAUAAGGAAGAUACUGUAAUACAGUAUCAUAUAAUUCCCCUUGGCAGAUUUCAGCAGAUUUCACAAAUAACACAUUAUGCUAAAUUUAAUUAAAAUAGUUUUACACAGAAAUGUAACCUUCUGUUGUAUAAUAGCAAUUCAUCGAACUGGGAUUCACAGAAAUAUUAUACCAUGCCCUAAACCCACCACCCCUGCAAAUGACACUGAAAAAAUUUGGCCUAUAGAGCAACGAUGAUGUAAAUUUCUCUGUUAAACACCUACAGAUAAGUCAAAAGGGCACGAGUCAAAGUUAUAACAGUCAGUUCAGUAUUUGUUCAGAUCUAUUAAUAAUGCCUAAAGUUGUUCUUGUUGAUUUUCCCAUAAAAACAUUAUGAUGAUUAGUUUGCAUCUGGAUACUGAUGUCUAGUAGUACAAAGGGAGAAGUAAGGCGGUUGAGAUCAGUUUUUAGAAAUCGGUGGUAUGAUUAUGGUAUGAAAGUAUGAUUAUAGUAUGGUAUGGUAUGAUUAUGGCUGAUUAUGCCCUUCUGCCAUAUCAGUACAUGUGAGAGAAUAUAUAUAUAUAUGUAUGUAUGGGAUACCUUAUCCAGAAAACCCCACGUCCCGAGCAUUCUGGAUAACAGGUCCUGCACCUGUAUAUAUAUAUAUAUAUAUAUAUAUAUAUACGAAGCAGAUUUGAAAAUCCUGUUGAACAAAUACUGUAUCAGGCUACAGUUGUGGUCCUCUUCCCAUGGCUCUGCAAAGGUUCUGAUCAGUGGCCUUGGUGCUAAACAAUUGGAUUAGCCCAAAAUGGCCAAUUUUUCAGUGCAUAGCUGGCGAAACCCAACAAUGAUUUUUCUGUUUUUUGUUUUUUUUUUUGAUUUAUUGAUAUAUUGAAACAUAAACUUGCUUGUUUCAAAAUGUCAAAAAAAAACCUUUUGGUCACUGAUGUAUUUACAAAGGGUUCAGUGAUGUUGAAAUUUGUGUUGCUUAUCUUAUCUUUUUGUGUUGCUUAAGUGUCUAAAGUGACAUGACAAAUAAUAUUAUUACUCACUGACACACGCACAAACCCUCAGUAUCAGCUGGAUCUUCCAAAUACGCUCUCUUAACAUAUCCCCCUGCUGCUGUGAGCCCUUGCAUGUUUUGAGCAGAUUUUUGCUGAGCAAAGUAAUUGACCUGUCAAGCAGGCCUGUGAUAAGCAUAAGCAGGAUUAAUACACCACAUUGGGCUUCACAGUUUUAAAGCUUUCACUUUACUGCCCAAAUUAUCCUAUGCUCCAUUUCAUAGUUGGCUGCAAGAGCAUUUUAAAUGUGAGAAUUAAUGUCAGUCAGUAGGCUUUGUAGACACAUCCUCUGAAAUUUGCCACAGGGAGGGAAAGGUGCAGUUAAAAUGAAAGCCUCUGGCAAACACGAUCAAAAAGCAUCUGUUUUAUACAAAAGCCACUGACAUUUUUAUUGUUAAAUAUUAUUUUAAAAGUUGGAUUUUCAGUUUUUUUCAAGAUUUUGAUGCAGAGCAUAGCAGAACUAAAUUCCCGCAGUGUUUAUCCUUUCUACAAAAUCCUCAAGAUGUUUAGUACGAGUUGUACGCCACCAAGGACCUCAGUGACUAGGGAAAACCUGCUUAUAUGUUUCACAGAGUUUUUUAGGGAGACAAUUAAAUAUGUUGUUUAUGAUUUUAAUCACAAUAAAUACUUUACUUCCCUUGCUCGCCACUACCUUGAUUUGUAUAUCAAAUUUGAGCACAUGUUGUAUAGUGUAGAGUGUAAACAUGUAAUGUUUGAGUUUGAAAAUACACAGAAUGUUAUUACCUGGAUAUAUCAUUUUGUUAUUAUUAUUGUCAUAUAUGUAUUUGUAUAGAGCUCAAAGAUUGUAUGACAAUAUUUAACAUAGUUGUUAGUAGCAAACAAACGUCAAUAUGUACAUUAAAAAUAAAAAAAGUGAGAAAAAUUAGUGUUUUUCCUAAA